GUGACUGGUCUCCCCAUCCAUCCUCCUCGCUCGCCCGGUGUGCCACCGUCCUACGUCCCCGGCACCGAGUCCUCGGCCCCGGUGCGCGUCUAUUAGGAGGCGCGUGGUAGUGAUGGCGGCGCUCAGUGAGGCUUUCCAGUCACUGGAUACUACUACUCCCAGCCCGCCUCGGAGCCGCCCGAACCACCCCUCGGUCUUUAGUUUACGAGUGGCAAUUUGACUUGCUGUGCUGCAUGUCUGGAGGCACUGAGGAAAGUGUGGAGACGCCCCGGGCAUUCAGGGAUCGUAGCUUGGAAAGCAAUACAGCCAAACAAAUAAACAAAACCCACCCACCCUAAUAAAUAUGAGGCUGCUGGAGAGGGUGAGGAAAGAAUGGUUCAUGGUCGGGAUUGUGGUGGCGAUCGGCGCCGCUAAGCUGGAGCCCUCGGUCGGAGUGAACGGGGGUCCCCUGAAGCCAGAGAUAACUGUGUCCUACAUCGCUGUCGCUACGAUAUUCUUCAACAGUGGACUGUCGUUAAAAACAGAGGAGCUGACCAGCGCAUUGGUGCAUUUGAAACUGCAUCUCUUCAUCCAGAUCUUCACACUUGCCUUCUUCCCAGCAACAAUAUGGCUCUUCCUUCAGCUCUUGUCAGUCACCUCCAUCAAUGAGUGGCUUUUAAAAGGUUUGCAGACAGUAGGUUGCAUGCCUCCCCCUGUGUCUUCUGCCGUGAUUUUAACCAAGGCAGUUGGCGGAAAUGAGGCAGCUGCGAUAUUUAAUUCAGCAUUUGGAAGUUUUUUGGGCAUCGUUGUAACUCCCGUGCUGCUGCUGCUUUUCCUUGGCUCCUCCUCUUCUGUGCCUUUUACAUCAAUUUUCUCUCAGCUUUUCGUGACAGUGGUGGUUCCUCUUGUUAUUGGUCAGAUCAUCCGAAGAUACAUCAAGGACUGGCUGGAAAGGAAGAAGCCCCCUUUCGGAGCCGUCAGCAGCAGCGUCCUCCUCAUGAUCAUCUACACCACCUUCUGCGACACGUUCUCCAACCCGCUCAUCGACCUGGACCUGUUCAGCCUCGUCGUUGUGCUGUUCAUAAUAGUCUCCGUCCAGCUGAGCUUCAUGCUUGUGACCUUCCUCUUCUCAACACGGAACAACUCGGGUUUCACACCAGCAGACACGGUGGCUAUCAUCUUCUGCUCUACACACAAGUCCCUCACACUGGGAGUUCCGAUGCUGAAGAUAGUGUUUGCAGGCCACGAGCAUCUCUCGUUGAUAUCGGUACCCUUGCUCAUCUACCACCCAGCCCAGAUCCUUCUGGGGAGUGUGCUAGUGCCAACGAUAAAGUCUUGGAUGGUGUCGAGGCAGAAGGGAGUGAAGUUGACAAGACCAACAGUGUGACUCAGGAAGCGCCUUCCUGACGCUGUGUAUAUAUGUACAGGCUUGUACAUACAGGGGACUCUGAGGACUUGUCCUUGUGAAUGUUGCUUUGAUGCCUAUUUUAUUUUUUUACAGAAAAAAAAAAAUGAUAUACCUGUUUAAAGUGCCUUAAAAUGUUCUUGACAAGAGCGUUAUUUCCAAAUCGUACUCCGUUGGCUACUUCCAGGGUGGUGCAGUAUUUUGAACUUUUUUUUUC